AUGUCGCCGAGCUCAAGCUCCGGUCCUUCUACCGAGCCCUCAUCGCCGAGUUCAUCACCCCCCUCGUCUACUGAACCGUCGGGAUGUCAGGCAGUGGCGGCAAGAGAAGUGUCUUCUCUUUCUCUUUUUUGGCUCUCGGAUCUGAAUAGGAAGAGACCUAUUGCUUGGAAUCUUCUCGCCGCCGGAAAAAGAGAAUUAGGAAUGCAGGGAUUUGUCCAUGACGAGGCGAGCCGGGGAUAUGGGGUUUUUCACGGUGGUGAUGCCGGAGACGACGCCGCAUCGCCGGCCACGACCGUCCAUGAUGCUCGCCUCCAUCUCCACCGCAGGGCCUUAUCGAAGGUGCUGGAGCUCCCCUUCCGUUCUGAUGCCGACGUCUCGAUCGAGGAGACCCUGGGCUCCCUCAGGUUCAUCACCGCCGCCGACGACCUAGGCAACGAGGUUUCUACCGUCCCCAAUGAGGGCCCUGCCGCUAUACAGAUCGAGGGAGAAUUCCUGGGCAGCGACGGAUGGAGUCGCACAUUCUUUGGAGAACUCCUCUUCAACCAUAGCCCAUACGCAUAG